CAAGGGACAAAGGAACAAAGUGUCGUGAAAAUUUCUGCAUUCGUUAAAUAGCAUUAAUUUAAUAUCAGUAUUUUAUGUAAAAAUAGUAUUAAUUACUAUUCCAAGUUACGUGGGCUGUACAAUAGUGCAAUCGUGUCGUGAAAUUGUAAGGUACCAUAGCGAAGAUAUUAGAUACAAGCAAACCGGUGAUAUAUACCGUACGCAUUCGGGACCAAACUUUAUUAACGUACAUACAGAAUGGCUGAUUUCACUGAAGAUCUGGAGAAUUGGAUGGGAAAGCUUCCACCAGAGUUAAGAGCUGUCCCAAUUAUCAAUCUAGCUAUUCCGGGUUCCCAUGACACCAUGUCAUACGGGAUUAAAAGCAAAUCACCAGUCGCACCCGACGCGGAACCGAUCGUUGAAUCACUGAAUAAGUUCAUUCCAUGCGUAGUGAGACGUUGGGCCGUCACGCAGCGCUACAAUGUUGUGGAUCAACUGAAAAGUGGCAUCCGAUAUUUCGAUCUGAGGAUUUGCAUGAAACGACCCGAGAACAAGUUUUAUUUCGUGCAUGGCUUGUUUAGCGAGGAAAUAACGGAACCUAUGGAACAGUUAAAAGAUUUUCUUCGGACUCACCCGCGUGAAUUUGUCGUACUAGAUUGUCAGCACUUCUACCUUUUCAACCCAACGGAUCACUGUGUUCUUUCGGCGGAAUUGAACAGGAUUUUUGAGAAAAAAAUCUACUCGCGUAACGUGAAUCAACUCAAGGAUUGUACACUGGAAUUAGCAACGGGCAAUGGCCAACAGGUGCUAAUUGUGUAUCGAAGCGAUGCGUGCGUCAACGACCGCUUCUGGUUGAGUCAAGAUUGGCCUACUCCAUGGCCAAAUGAAAUCAAGGUGAAACAGUUACGCCAGUAUCUCGAUGAGAAGUUGAGUCAACGCAAUCCAGAAACCGGUUUCGUUUCACAGUGCGUCCUUACGCCCAGUACUCGGUACAUAGUUCCCAGAUUUAUGUCGUCACUUCGAUCGACAUGUGCCAAGGAGGUGGACAGAAAAUUGUCAGAUUGGAUAAAAUCGCAAACUCCUGGUCCAUUCAGUGUAGAUGAUAAACCUAAGUCAAAUGUGUUUCUGGCAGACUUCAUUGAUAUUCAAAACAGUAACUUUUGUAAAAUUGUUGUAAGUUUAAAUAAGAAGAUACUAGACCAAAAUAGUAGUGCACAAAGCUCUCCAUCUAAGACAAGCGACUAAACGAGAAACUAGGUACUAAGCAACUAAACAACUCAAAGACAAUCGAAUGUUGUCUAAUGUUACGUCUAUAAAUAAACCAAACUGCAGUCACUACUGAGCAACAUUGAACUGACCUAGAUAGGAAUUUCUACUUCGAUAAACUUUACUACUAUUGAUAGUUGGUAUAACUAGGGUAAUGUCAUAUGGGCAUGUUUCUAUGCGCGUAAUGUUACAUGAUGUGUAAGUUCAUAUUCUAUUACUUAUCACGAAAGAGGUUGUUUGUUCUGAAGUUGGCUUCUGUGGCUUAUCUCUUUUAUGUUACAGAAUAUGUGUUCCAGUAAUGGUGUUUUUUUUUUAUAAUUGUUAUGGUAUGAUAAGGUCAUUUUACCGAAAUGAUGAUUAAAAACUAGUCAUUAGUAACUAGAAUGGGCCUCAUAACCUAGUCAUUAAAGGCACGGUAUUAUCAAGCCGGAGGCGGGUUCGAUUCCUGGUCCGGUCGAGGGAAUUUUUCGGGUUGGAAAUUUUCUCGACUUCCCUGGGCAUAGAGUAUCAUUGUGCUUGCCACACAAUAUACAAAUUCGUGCAUUGGUAUUGGCAUCGAAAGCUCUAAAUUAAUAACUGUGGAAGUGCAUUUAGAACACUAAGGCUCUGAACCAUUUGGUGGAUUAUUUUAAUUUUUGGUUAAAAUUUGACAGAUGAAAAGUUAUUGAUUAACCCUGCUAUCCGAGCGUGGUUACUUCUGACAGACAAGAAGUUAAAUUUUGACGACCGUGGCUCGAAAACCGGUCGAUCGGCAGCACGGGGGUUUUCGAACAUAAGAAAUAACUUUCGAAAUGUCACUUUUAACCACGAGUUAAAUUUAACUCGGCAAAUGGUUCACAGCCUAAGGCUCUGAACCAUUUGGCGAUUUUUAUUACUUUUGGUUAAAAUUUGACAGAUGGAAAGUUAUCGAUUAACCCUGCUAUCCCAGCAUGGUUAUUUAUGACAGACAAGAAGUUAAAUUUUGACGACCGUGGCUCGAAAACCGGUCGAUCGACAGCACGGGCAUUUUCGAACAUAAGAAAUAACUUUCGAAAUGUCACUUUUAACCACGAGUUAAAUUUAGCUCGGCAAAUGGUUCACAGCCUAUAUCUACAUCUUAAGGCUCUGAACCAUUUGGCGAUUUUUUUUAACUCUUGGUUAAAAUUUGACAAAUGAAAAGUUAUCGAUUAACCCUGCUAUCCGAGCAUGGUUAUUUCUGAUAGACAAGAAGUUAAAUUUUGACGACAGUACGGGGAUUUUCAAACAUAAGAAAUAACUUUCGAAAUGUCAUUUUUAACCACGAGUUAAAUUUAACUCGGCAAAUGGUUCACAGCCUAAAUUACUUCGGUGUACGGCAGUGUAGCAGCGGUGUAGCUACACCGCAAAAACGAAAACGACAUAAGGCUGUGUUCCAUUUGGAAAAUUUUCUCUUAGAUUUGACACUUCGAAAAUAAAUUAAGAUGUUCGAAAAUCCCUCUGUUGUUGAUCGGCCGAUAUCCGAGAAAGCGUUUGUCAAAAUUGAUUCCUUGUCUGUCAGAAAUAAGUCUGCUGGAAUUAAUGAGGUACAGAGAGAGGUGAAGCAGAUCGUGAAAUAUGAUUGUAUUAGUAAUCCAAAAAAAUCAACGUAAACUGUAAAACGUAAUCUGUCAAAUUUAAGUAAAAAUUCACCAAAUGGAACACAGCCUAAGUUGAGAGCACACAAUAACCUAAUAUGCACUAAGCAAUAAGCUUGAAAUGCGAAAAAGAAGAAGAAGAAGAAGAAGUAGCUAGAACGUUCUCUAUGGUUCGGAGAGAAAGAGAGAGAGAGAGCCGAUAAUUUAAUGAAAAUUAUGCAGAAAACAUUGGUACAAAACUGAAAACAACUGAUGAAGUCGUGUUGCCAAAAAUUGGACGGCACUAAAAUUACUUAGUUCCACUAUUGCUGGCUCAGCUACCCUGUUUAGAAAAAAAAAAUCAUAAAGGUUUCCCUUCUCUUUAUUUAUUUUCCUAUUAACUUGCCCAUUUUUUAUCAUAACAUUUAAAUACUGCUCCAUAUUUCGUCAACUCAUUUUUGAUAAAAAAAAAGUUCCAAUCGAUCUUGAAGUUACGCUGGAUUUUAAAUGCGUACUAGUUGCUAAACUAUAAUUGCACCAUAAUUUUUAAAAUAUUUAAAUAAGUCAUAGGAUCAUCACAUUUUUUUAAUCGUUUUUUUAAACACUACAUAUUUUAAUAAAUGAAAAAUUAGUUUGUCAGUAAAUUUUUACUAUAGAAGCUUUAAGCCUCCUGGUUAGUUGGCCUCUUGUAUGUUAAAAUAAAUCUCAUGAUCAAUUGGAAUCAGUCUCAUCAAAAUCGGUUAAGAACUGGUUAAAUGUAAGCAACACAAUUUUGUUUUGAAGAAAAGGGUUGAGUACGUAAUGGUUAACCACAAGGUGAAUCUUUGCAGAGUACUGUUUCGCAAUUCUUUCAAGCCAAAAAAUAAGGGUUUGUAAAUGUAACGUAACUGAAACUUUCCCUCCCCUUGGCUAGUUUUUGCACCUUGCUGUUGGUGGGCGGGCUUAAUUUCAUGCUAGUGGAGUGUUGGAGACGGUGGGUUUGUGGCCGACGUUGCUGGCUCAUGCCGCGAUAGAAUGGCGCCAUGGGCAGGCAAUGAGGAUUACUGAGCUUCCCCUCUCUGAUAAACCACUGCAUGAGAGAACAAAAGAUCUAGUCCAGCAGUGAUAGUAUCACACUUGUUACUCCUUUUAUUGAGAGCCGCGUCGUGGUACGCUUACGUAUAGGCACUGACGUUGGGUGUGAUACUGGCGGGUUUUGCCGCAAAUCACUCUUAUUUUAUUUAUUUUUACGCAGAUAGAUUUAUUUGGGUUUGCAAGGGAAUUAUACUAUUGAAAUAUUUCAGAAAGUGCCCAACGGUACUCCUUCUACUUGCGUGACAAGCUUUCAUUGUUGUUUUCAUUGAAGUAUUACUCAGGGAACAACUUUAAACAUCAUUUUUGUACAUGGUAUUGUAACUAAUCUUAUAUGUGCUUCAUUUUGAUUUGGGAUAAAUGUUUGAACUAUGGCUCGGGAUUUCCACUGUUGCGUGCUUCUAUUGUGAUAUAUCCAUACGUAAUUUUGUGGGACGACAUAGUGGAAACGUGUGAGCGUAGUUGGAGCAUAUACCCUAUAUAAUUUAAAAUCAGCUAGGAAACUAACUUCAAAAUGAAGCAUUUUAGUCACUUGAGGGUGUCACCUGGGUCGAACUAAGAUAUAAUAAAUAGGUAUAGGUCAAAAUCAAAAGUACUUGAAACACGUUUAAUUUUAGAUUACAAGCACAAGUGCAGGUACUUAAUAAAGCAUGGGUUAUGAUUGAUUAGGUGACUUAGAGCUUUUAAUAAUUUAUUAAUUUAGACUAAUGAGAUAUCAUAACCAUCAAAUGAAUUUAAAUAAUAAACUUCAGAAAGUUUAAUGACAUUAAGUAGAUUAACAAAAGAAUUAGGAGGCGGGUGGUCCGCUUAGGGAGGCAACUAACCUUUAUAGUUGUAGAAUAAAUCUUCUUAUUUAGUAUUGAAUUUAAAAAAAAAAGAAAACGCAGGCAGACCAAUAGCAUUUAGCAGAUUAACAAGGAAAGGAAUAGUUUAGGAAAAAAGUAAAAGUAGAGUUAUGUGACAGUUAUUAGCUUUUAAACUUUUGGAGGUAUUGUAUUCCCCUGAGUUUGUUGUACUCGAUUACUAUAUAAUUCUCUCAAUACGCGAAAUCUCUUAUAUAUGCGAUUAAAGCAUUUGAGUUAACUUAUUUCUUAGUGUUCAAGUACUUACAUUUGUAAACAGCAAUCAAUGUUAAUCUAUGAACUAAACCAUACGUAAAAUCGAUCUUUCCUUAUGUGGUAUUGAUGCAUGUUUAACUUUUCGCGGCUUUCGGAAUCAACGCGCCUACGUCUACGGAGCUUACGCAGAAGUGAUUUGCAAUGCGGUAGAGCUCACCAAAAGUUUUUUUUUUUUUUUUUUGAGCUUCUGUAGUAUAGAAUUUGUUCGGUACGGUCGCGAAAUCUUGAAAUGAUUGAUACGUGCGGUAAAAUAACUAAAUUGAAACAAAGCUCAACAGUAAAAUAAGUAGAAUAUUUAGGGAGGAAACCAAAAUUUAUCAACUUGCCAACAUAGGCUAUCACAUUUAUUUUGGUGGCACUCUUUAAGUGAUAAUAAGUUGUUUUUUUUUCUCUACGGUUGUUUCGCGUGGCGUUCACAAUUUGCGCGAUUUUCGUAUCUUACGUAAUUUAGAUGUUUAACUAUAAACGGUUUCACUGACUCGAGGUCGUUCCUUAAGCGGUGUUGGUACAGGUUAAACCUUUGCCGACUGUCGGAUUCAACGCGCCUACGUCUACGGAGCUUACGCAGAAGUGAUACGCAAUUCGGUAGAGCUUGUCAAACGCUUUUGAGCUUAUAGAAUUUGUUCGGUGCGGUCGCGAAAUCUUGAAAUGAUUGAUACGUUCUUUAAAUUAACUAAUUUGAUACAAAGCUCAGUAGUAAAUAAGUAGAAUAUCUAAGGAGGAAACCAAAAUUAAUCAACUUGCCAACAUAGGCUAUCACAUUUAUUUUGGUGGCACUCUUUAAAUGAUAAUAAGCCUUUUUUUUCUCGCUUCGGUUGUCUCGCACGGCUUUCGGAAUUCGCGCGGUUUUCGUAACUUACAUAAUUUAGAUAUUUCGUUCGAAACGGAUUUACUUAUUCAAUCGGUUUACUACGCGGAUGUAUCUACGCGCACACGUCACAGCAUUUUUUCUAUAACUAUCUUGAAACAAUACAUACGGAAUCCAGCGUUCAAGCGGUCAACAUAGGCUAGUCCUUCUGCUGUAUUGUCAAAGAUAGAAGCAAAAUUUAUUCAAAUGGGUCAAGUCUUGAAAAUUAAGCUGUCACGCAGCUCCAGCUUGAUACCAAUAAAAAAAAAAAAAAAAAAGUAAAUGUAACGUAACUGAAACUAGAAUCGAAUGUGAACAAUGUCUGAAAUAUAUAGAUCUAUAAGGUGUUUGAGUAUUUAGAUCUGUGCUCUGGAAAUGGCAAAGUGUCAUAAGAAAAAGGACUCCACAAAUUUACACCUUAUCCGUCAUUGUUGCAUAUCUAAAUCGCAACCGCUAACCCGCGUUUAGGACAACUCUUCAUUAAUUAGAACAAUAUUGAGAAGUCAGAGCUAUGAUUUGGUAGGUAGUUUAAAACUACGUGAAACUCAAAACCUUGUUAUUCAUCCAUAUUUCCUAUUUCGAUCAAAACUGAUUUUACAUUAAAAAAAAAGGUUAUCGGAGAUCCAUUUGGAUCGAAAUGGGAAAUAGCGAGCAUUACUUCUAUAAUUCUGUACGAAACUGUUACUCAAAAUCUGAGUUGUAUACAUGAUUUUUUGUAUACAUGAUUUAUUGUGAUUUUAAAACAAGUUCUUUUUUUCAAGAUUUAAACGGGUUUUAAUUAGGCCUUCAAUGACCAAAUUUGCUACUUGCGGUGCUACAAUUUCAAACUUUUAAUUAAAUGUUAUUAUAACAGUUUUGGAACGACCUUCUACCAGCGAUUUGAAAAAAAAAUUAAGCAAUAGUUUCCAGAUUAAAACAAGCUUAGCCUAAAUUUGACACUAUUUUCUCGAGGUUCCGGAAGAAAAUAUUUCAAAAUAUUGUUCCACGGCAAAGUUCGAGUGGUAAAAUACGUAAUUUUAAAUUGCUCGAAUGAUUUGAUGCAUUCUCAUUGAGCUUCGGAUUGAAAUUUGCUGAGAAAUUUUUUAUUACACCAUUUUUGAUACAUGCAGAAUGAUUUGAUUUCCUACUUAUAUCUUUUGUAUUUGUGUACUUAGGGGGGCUUCCCUUUUAGCUCAAUCGGUUAAGAUAAAGGCUACUAUUUGUAUUCUCGACCCGGUUUAUUAAUGUUUCGGCUAAAGACAUUUCUAUACUUCCCUAGACCGAAUAUAUACGGACGAAUGCAAAAAUGAUUACUGCAACUGCAGAAGUUUUUUUUUUAACUUUAUUAAAGUGAUUUCUAGUUGAGGGCUAGUUCAUCACAAACUGCGGAAGUGCUCCAGACGUAAUGUCAUAGAGGUAACUCUAAGACUAGUAGGUCCCGAAGAAACGUGCUCAACUUUUUGGCUCGCUCUGGUACUAUCUUCGGUCCCAAGCUAAUCGAUGCACCCCUCGAAAUAUAGGAAAAUCCACGAACCCCUCAUUUUAUCUGUCAAAUUUUCAUAGCAUAUCAAAACAAACAUUGUGUAGUACUAGAAUUUCGACUAGAAUGGGGUACGUUAAUCGAUUUGCUUGGGACCAAUGGGCUAGUCAAGUAGUGAGCCAAUUUAAAAUCGAUAGUUUCGUAAUGAUUGUUGGUAAUAUGCCGGUUGGGUCGUAAAAGUCAAAAAAGAAGUUUUUUUUUAAUGUAUUUAAACAUUAAUAUUUGACUACCUACAUUAAAUUUUCAUCACAGUUGAGAGAGCAGGCGUCAUGUCUUUAAUUGGUUUACUUUUUUUUUAUUACGUCAACAACCUUCAAAGCGGCGCCGGUGGUGUAAUAGUUAACGUGACUGCCUCUCACUCCAAAGGGCCUGGGUUCAAUCCUAAUCUCUGAAAUCUCUGAUCAAGCCUUCCUUCGGAAAGGAAGUAAAGCCGUUGGUCCCCGGUCCAUGAGUUGUGACGGGUCGAUAGGUAAGGUCCAGGUGUGGGAGCUGCCUUCCUGGCGUCGGUAGCAUUGGUACUCAGUACGGAAAACAAGAUCGACGGAAAACAAAUUAAGGAAAAAAAAAGUGAGAAGUCAUUCUGUUCGUUCGGCUUUCAUGUGCAUGAGCAUAAAUACCUAAGAUAGUUAAAAAAUAGAAUAAUUAAGAAUUGUUAAAAUGGAUUACUUUCUCGAGUCCGUUAAAUUUGUAUUUUUUUAUUGUGAUUUUAGCCGUAGGCUAGUUCAUCACGUUUGAUAGCAGAAGGUUAGGCUUAGAAGCUGCAUCGAAAGAGAGGUUUCAAUUUGACAUUAACGUAACAUACAACUGGCUCUAAUUACCCACCGAAAGAGACAGACAACAUUUUAAAAACUUAAUGUAAAAUGAGAAUUACAACGGAACUGUGGUAAGGAAUGGGUGGAUCUCCACCGUAGGAGACAGUGCAUCCGUCCGGCAGAGACACUCCGACGGCAAAAAAAGUACAAAGGUGAAGAGAACACGAUCGGCGCAGCCAAAGACUAGAGGACUAGAUUUGGUUGUACAGGUGAGUACAGUACAACCCAUAAUCGCAUAUCAGUCCCAUUUUUUCUUCAUUUCCUAUCCAUAUGGGACUGAUAUGCGAUUAUGGGUAGAGUACGUGUUCCACCGAGGCACAGUGGUCUAGAACUUUGAAAAAACGGUCAAAAGUCAUUAUCUCAUGAAUCUUGCAUUUUAGACUAGUAAUGUCUUCUGGAAAGUUUCUGGAUAUAAAAUGCCCUUUUUUUGACAAUGACAAACCAAUGAUUAAUCCUCCUAUAAGAGAGAUUCAAAAUUAUUUUUUCCAAAACUUCCAUAUGCCGGUUCGGUGUCUUCGACAACGUGUUAGAAAAUAUCGAAACAAGAAAGUUUGCUGAAGACACUAGGUGGCUAUUUCUUCAUCUCAUAGAAAUAUGGAACGUUUUUGGUGGAAAACCUCAUAAUAAAAGUAUCUACUUAAUAAUUAAUUUCUUUAAACUUCUACUGGUUUGAAAUGUUCUACAAAAUUAUUCAAAACAUUAAUACACAUAAGUUUGAUGAAUAUCAUAGCACACUAGAUCGCUAAAUAGGUAAGUUAUUAUUGGUUUUGCUCCAAAAAUAUAAUUUUUAGCCACAUAAUUACGAUUUACUACCAUUUCUAACCACAUCCCACGACAAAACCAAUAGGAAUAGUUUUUGUCGUGGGUACAAAAAAUAAAGUAUUACAAAUAUUAAACAAAAUCAAAUCUAUGUUAAAAAAAAAACCAAAAAAUAUCUAUUGAAAUCAAGAAUUACUUGCCUAUUUUAAAGUGCGGUGCAGUGUAUAAUCACACAUAUAUCACAUAUCUAAUGGAUGAAAUCCAUGUGAUUUUCACAUAGCUUUCCUGUGAUCACAUAGCAGCAAAUCCCACCACAAAAUCACAUGAAUCUUAUGAGGUCCAUGAAAUUCAUAUGAAAAAUCAUAUAAAAUAAAUGUGAUCGCAUAAAUGUUAUGUGAAAUUCAGAUGAAUUCCAUUAAUUUUGAUUAUGGAUGAAAAUCAUGUGCGUUUCCGAUGGAAGCUACAUGAAAACUAUUUUCGAUGCAGAAAAUGUAUGUAUCACAAACGAAGUGACAGACGACUAACUGGCGAAGAAAUCCAUUAAAAUAAUGUGGUUC